AUGCGGACUUCACGAGUGUCUCGCGACACGUCCCGUAUCGUCGCCGCAAGCCGCACCCAACGAGCGCUACGCCAGACCCGAAGCGCGACCAAUGCGCAGACCCCUAUCAAACGAGAGACAGGCAGCGACGAGAAUGCUAGGGCAAGUUCAGAGCUAAGCUCGGUACCAGCAGACUCAGCCUCCGAGGGAGAGGCGCGACGAGUGCCUAUGAAGAGGAAAAGGGGUCAAGAUACUCCUAUCGUCGUGAAGCAGGAGGUAGAGGAAACAACGAUCGCUGGAAUCGCAUCGCCGAAGAAAAGCGAAAAGGUCAAAAAAGCCCGACGCGCGCCUGCGAAGAAGAUCAAGGGCAACGAUGGGUCUGUAAAGAUGGAGCCGCCACCCAAUUGGGAGGAGAUAUACACCCUGACGAGAGAAAUGCGGAAUGAGAAUGUCGCGCCGGUGGACACUAUGGGGUGCGAGAGCCUGGCGGAGAAGAACAGGUCUCCUCGAGAUCGACGGUUUCAGACACUUAUAGCCUUGAUGUUGAGUAGUCAGACGAAAGACACCGUCACAGCGCCCGUCAUGCGAGGCAUGCAGGAGAAAAUGCCUGGGGGUUUCAAUCUUGAAUCUGUCCUCGCACUAGAGCCGCCUGCGCUCAACGCUUUCAUCAACAAAGUGGGUUUCCACAACCUCAAGACCAAGUACAUCAAGCAAACUGCGGAGAUUCUACGAGACAAGUGGAAUAGCGAUAUUCCAGACACAAUCGAGGGACUUGUGUCACUACCUGGUGUCGGGCCUAAGAUGGGAUACCUCACUUUGAGUGCCGCCUGGGGCCGGCAUGAAGGUAUUGGAGUCGACGUCCACGUUCACCGCAUUACCAACUUAUGGGGCUGGCAUAAGACUCAAAAUCCAGAACAAACACGUGCCGCUCUGGAGUCAUGGCUGCCAAAAGACAAGUGGCAUGACAUAAACAAUCUGCUUGUGGGCUUUGGACAGACUAUAUGCUUACCUGUAGGCAGAAAGUGUGGUGGCUGCAAGUUGGCAGAUAGAGGCCUAUGUCCCUCAGUAGUGGUAGCUAAGAAGACGAAAGUGAAGAAAGAAGAAGCCGUUGUGAAAGUCGAGGCACCCAAUGGCGACGAAGAGGCAGCAGUGAAGGAAGAGACGGUGGUUGCUGAUGUUGGUGAGAUCAAAGCUGAAGAUGUGGAGGGUACGAUAGACAUAGAGGAUAUCGGGCAACCGCCACGCAAAAGGGCACAGAGGAAGAAGUAG